UAUUAUUUCGGAUCAGUCGACUCCGGACCACGUUCUCGUGCGAGCUACCCCAAGCACACUUACCACCCGGUCGACGUGUUUUACGACUCCUCGCCCGCCGACGUUUGUCGAACACUCCAGACGACCGCCGAAACAAUAGGGGCACGAGUCAUCAGAGCAUGACGCCUCGAGAAAAACGUCAACGGUCAUCGGACACUUUUCGGUGCGCCGUUAAUGUCGCACCACCGAAAAGAUACACAGAAUGAAAAAAAUUCGAUCAAAGGUUGUGCAGGAAUAUCAAAAAAAUUCAAAUACUUAGCAUGGCGGCUGUGAAGCCGUGAUUUCGGUCGAACAAUGGUAGUGAUUAUAAACGCUAUCGUAGUUUCUUUGCUAUCAGUCGUCGUUGCAGAAAUCCAAAAAGAAUGCGUUUUGGAGUUGCCUACAAACGGCUCGCGCGAUGUUUACUGUGACGCCAUACCAUACAAAGUUGACUUAACUCACACUAACGGUAUGACUAAACUGGAUAUAUCUCAAAAUAAUUUAAACGGGAUUUAUGUCACUAGCGAUAAAAACUUAACGUUACCUACGAUUGACUUAUCUAGAAAUAAUAUUCUAAAUCCUUGCCACGUUUCCAUUAGCAAUAUAGUGAGAGUUGAUUCUAUGAUAUUAUCGUUCAAUAAGGUACACAAUUUCUCAAUGUGUUCAGACAUUAGAAAUCUAACAUUGAGUUGGAAUUACAUUAAGUCAUUGAAUAAAACCGAUAUGGUUAAUGCGUCUUCUUUGGAAGUUUUGGAUCUUGGGAAUAAUUUUAUCUUAUGGAUUGAAAAUAAUACAUUUAUUGGAAUGCCAGAUCUACAAUGGUUAGACUUACGAGGUAACACGUUAACUAGAAUAUCAGAAAAAAUGUUACCUAGUACUACAUUACGAUAUCUCGACGUUUCUGAAAACUAUGAUCUCGAUCGUACAUCUGUAUUUCAGCCAUUUGAGAAUCUAGUUGAAUUGAAGAUUGCAAAAAACGCAAAAUUAGCACCUGUUGUUUUGGGGUCAGGUCCAAGACUCCAAGCAUUGGAUGCUUCGUACACUAAUCUUACAGAAAUUCCAGUCACGCCAGCUCCACUGUUAGGUUCACUCAUUUUAAGUGGGAAUGCUAUAAAAUCAGUAAACAGUGGCGACCUAGAUGGUUUUCCUCUUCUCCAUUUGUUUAAUAUUAGUGCUAAUCGUAUUACCAUGGUUGAAGAUGACGCAUUUGGUCGGCUUGAUUUACUGAUCAUAUUGGACUUGAGUAAUAAUUUAUUAGAAACGGUACCAAAAAGCCUUCCAGGAAGCUUAGAAAAAUUAAAUCUAGAAGGUAAUAGAAUACAGAACUUAAGUGUCGAAGACUUUGAGGGUUGCAAACGACUGAAAAUAUUAAAUGUUCGGAGAAAUAAUAUUCGACACAUACAAGAUCUUACAUUUGCAUCUUUAUUAUUUCUUGAUGUUUUAGAUUUAUCUGAAAAUCCAAUUAAAAUGAUCACUAGAGAAAUGUUAACAGGUCCAGUAAGAUUAAAAAUAUUGAAGUUGGAGGGUCUAAUGGCAUCAGAAACACCAACGUUCCCAUUCACUGAUACACGUUACUUGAAUCGAAUCCAACUGGCGUACAGCAAACAUCUAGCUGCGAUCCUGUUAAACGACAGUGCUGUACUGUCAUCUUUGUUUCAACUUGAGUAUUUAGACUUAACGGAAUGCGAUGUGAUUUCACUUCCUAACCGUUUACCUUAUCACAUGCCCAAAAUUAAAACGUUAAUAUUGAACGAACUAAAGUGCAUUAAAUCGUGGCUCAGAGACUGGUUGUGUGAGAUUCACGCAACCGAAGAUCAUCAUUAUAAGUUGAGUAAAACUGAAUUGAGACUCAGGAACUACCAACCGCUAAAACUCAAGUCCACUGUGGAAAGUGUGCAAUGUAGACAAGAUAACGGCAGUGUUCAACAGGUGUUCGAUUCAGAAUACUGCACCGCGAUUACUACGACUCCGACUUAUCGGGUCACUACGACUACAACAGAACAGACGGCAGUAUUUGCACGACUAAGAGCGAAAGACGAUCCAAAAAAUGCGCAGGUUGUAGCGAAUACGACUCAUCCAGGUAUGAUAGUUUUUGUGUGUAUUGUGUUGUCGUUGGUAAUUUUAGGAUGUGGUACUGUCUGGAUUGGAAUGAAGGGUGACGCACUAAAGAGGUUGCAUUGGAGGCAAAAUACAGCAGAUGUAGAUUACCAAAGUAUUGAAAUUAAGAGCCUGGAAAGCUUAAACCACAUUGAAAGGUGGUGAAAUAAGUCUGAAGAAUAAACUAAAUUUAAACUUGUAUUAUAAUUAUAUAUAUUUUUGUGAUGUUUUCAAUGUUUGAGACCAAGGCCAAAAUGGCGCAGCGUAGCAAAAAUGUAUUAUUUAAAAAUUAGUCACUAAUUAUGUAACUAUAACUAUAAAUAAAACUCAGUAAUGCUAUCGCU